AUGCGUCAAUGCGGGUGCAAAGGCAAAACUGCACCCGUUCGGAGGCAAAAUAAGGCGCCCUUUGAUGACGUAUAUGCUUUCUUGCGCCACUACAGACGCAACCUCCCCCCGGCUGUACAGGGACCCACUCCUGAGAAGGCGCUAUGGCGAUCACAACGGAGGGGCUUCAGGCAGAGAAAGUGCAUGAAAAACUGUGCCUGGAAUCUGGUCCCGAAGAACCAAGUGGGUAGAGCAUACAAAUCCCCGGUCCGGCCAGGACAGAAGGAAAAAAGACUGGUGAGGGCGGGAAGGGGGUGGGUAUUUGUAAGGUUGCUUGUUAACCCUUCUGUGUCCGACCAGUACAGGGAUAAAACCCAAAUUGUUAUGCUGCCAGGGGAUGGCCAGGAAAUCCGUUUGGCUGGAGCAUGCAUUAGUUUGUUGAUAAUUGGACUUCUGGCAUUAAGCAUUCGUUUCUGCAACAAGCAUGUGAAAGAAUUAAAAAAACGUGAGGAAGAGGUGCGGAGUCUUCAAGUAGUUGAACCAGGAGUAAAAAUACACAUAGGAGAAGAAGGGAACUCUAAGGAAAAUGAAGUGACUCCUAAUAAAGAAAAUAAUAAUAAAGUGGGAGAAAUACCAGAGUCUGCUACAAUAACGGAUGUCCCUCAAGAGAACUGUGCUGAAACAGAUAAAGAGAUUAUAGAUGUUGAAUCACAGCACAUGAACGAAGAUACCACUGAAAAACAAAAAAAGAAAAACUGGAGGAAAUAUCUUCCUUUUACUAAAAAAACCAAUCCACCUCCUGAGAACGGUGUGGAAACAGAUAAAGAGCUAAAGGAAAGUGGGAAGAAACUACUAAAACUACUAAAACUACUAAAAGUAGUAAAACCACGAAAACCAGAAUUAGCAGAGGAAGCAGAUGGACAGAACAAGAAAGUUCAUGAAACGCAAGUAGAGGAAGUUGAUAAAAAGAAGAAAAAAAGAAUAUGGAAAUGGAAAAAGAAAAGGGCAGAAAUGACACUUCUCCCAUACUAAAAAAUCGAAGGAGGAGCAGUUCAAAAUAAAAAAUGGAACAACGACAGCCCUUUCCUUGUGAGGCAAUUACGGGC